UUUAGCUCGCGAGGCCUUGCAAUGUAGAUGGUAAUUGUGUCGGGUUUAUAAUCAGACACAGCGACUGAGGUAAAUGUACAGAUGGUCUAGGCACGUCUUGACACAAGAUUGACACGAAGAUGAAGACAAGACGUUGUCAAAAACCUGGGAAGCUUGUCUGUUUCUUGAGUCUGGUCUGUGUGUUGGUUGUUUUCAUGAUCGUAGCGAGUUCUUUUAAUUAUGGAUAUGUUCCUACAUUAGGAGGAGUUUCGUUGGAACUGAGCUUAAGUACAACGGGUGAUAGGUUUCAUACCGUGAGAGAAUAUUUGGCUUCUGAAAAACUCAUGCAUUCGGUCAGCGAAGACAGAACAAUGGGUGAUGAAACAGACUCACCACAAGGUGAUGACACAUCUGAUGGGGACACAUCUGAUGGUGACACAUCUGAUGGUGAUACAUCUGAUGGUGACACAUCUGAUGGUGACGCACCUGAAGAUAAUGCUAUUGAAACACAUGACCGUGAAAUACCUGAAGAUGAUGUAACUGACACACCAAAGAGUGGUGAGACAGACACAGUUCAGGAUAACGACACAUUAGAUGGUGAUAACACACCUGAAUUUGAUGUAACAGACACACCUGGAGAUGAUGACACACCUGGCGAUGAUGAUACACCUAGAAAUGGUUACACACGUGAAGAUGAUGUAACAGACACAGCUGUAGACGAUAACACACCAGGGGAUAAUGACGAACCUGGGGAUAAUGACACACCUGGAGAUAGUGACACACCUGGAGAUAAUGACACACAUGGAGAUGAAGACACACCUGAAGAUGAUGACACAAUUGGAGAUAAUGACGCACCUGGAGAUUAUACCACACCUGGAGAUAAGGACACACCUGGAGAUGAAGACACACCUGGAGAUGAAAACACACCUGAAGAUGAUGACACACCUGGAGAUGAAGACACACCUGAAGAUGAUGACACACCUGUAGAUGAUGACACACCUGAGAGUGACGACGCACCAGACAAAGAUAUAACGGACACACGUCUAAUUAACCACAAAAUACCUAAUGACCUCUUCACCUCUCCAUUCAUCGUUUACACCGACGCCCGAUUCGCAUCUACCACCACCUACAACACCUCUAGCCUCAACAUGAGUUUAGACUUGUACAUGCGCAGUCAGACAGGAAAUAAAAGCUACAGCCCCAACCCUUUAUCCCGUAAUGCAAAAUUCGUCGUUAAAGACACGGGUUCGAAUCCUGUCCGUGCCAGGACCUUUUCUGUCGUGAUGUCGUGUGAAAAUACAACCAAGCCAUGUUUUCAAGUCUUAUUUUACAAUCACGCGACUUGCUGGUCUAAGUCAUGUAGCUUCACAUAUGACUGGAAAAAUGCUGAUGUUCUGGUGAUUACAGGCAACAAAAUCAUCGAUGAGAAAUCAAUCCCAGAGUUCACCCGCCCAGCAGGACAGAGGUGGGUCAUGAAGACGAUAGAAGCUCCAUGUCGGGCCAGGGACUUUGAGGCUCUGAACUUUACACGACUUAGAGGUCAGUUCAACUGGACCAUGACCUUCCGCCUAGACUCAGACAUCCCCCAGCUUUACGGGACGCUCGAAAGACUUUACGACGUCCCCAAGAAAAACUACGACCAAAUUUACUCGUCUAAAACCUUCCAGGCCGCCUGGUUCGUCAGCCAUUGCUACGCUCAAAGUAUGCGAGGUGUGUACGUAGAACGUAUGAGAUCAGUUCUUGACGUCCACAUCUUUGGUGAGUGUGGUGACGGCAACCAUACUUGCCAGGAGGGAACUAACAGACGUCAUGCAGACAGUGACGUCUGCCUGCCCAUGCUUUCCCGCUCUUAUUUUUUCUACCUGGCUUUCGAGAAUUCGAUAUGUAAAGAUUACGUCACGGAGAAAUUUUUCAAACUUUUCUACGACGUUGACGUCAUACCGGUCGUCCGAGGCGGAGCAGACUACAAAAGUUUUUUCCCGCCCAAAACUUUUGUCGACGCGGCGGACUUUGAUUCCCCGGAAGAGCUGGCCGUGUAUUUGCGGAAGUUGUCGCAAGACAAACAGCUGUACCUGCAGAUGCUGGAAGAAAAAAACAAAUACCGGACCGUGCCGGAGGUGCCGUGGAUGUGCAACUUGUGCCGGAAGAUGAUGCAAGACUCUAGUGUACAGUGGUACCCGGAUAUCUGGAGUUGGUACGUGCAAGACCAGUGCCACAACCCUAAGACCGUCUAGUGUAGUGGUUAGGGGUAUUUGGACUUCGAAUGUGCAAGAAGAGUUCCAAAAUCCUGUCAUGUGUUUAA